AUGAAGACCAUCCUCCGGCUGGUAGACGGCCGAAGCGAGAUGCGCAGAGGGGCCAUCUUCAACCACUUGAUUGUGGGGCUCCAAGACCCCGCGGACAUCGAGGAGCUGACGCGCUGGGUCCGAAAGGCCUACGGUGCCGAAUGGAAGGCACACCGCAAGUGGCUCGCACCCGGCUUCAACCAGCACGUCCUCAAUAGCUUCAUGAACGUCUUCAGCGAAGAGGCCAAGGGCUUCGUGGACCGCGUGGAAGUUGGAAUAACCGUAGACGUGCUCGACAACCUUCGGAAAACGGUAAUGAAAGAUUUCGUCCGCACAUCCGUGGCUGCCGACGGCUCGCAGUUUGACGAUGAACUUUUAGAUAGCGGGGAGUUUCUGGAUUUGUUCUUCCGCUCUGUCAACGCACGCUCCUUCAAUCCGCUGCUGUGGUCCUAUUUUAUAUUCGCGUUGACUCCUCUCGGCAAGAAGAUGAACAAGAUGAAGAGCACAUUCGAGUCGCUGUGUAGAAGGGUCGUCACAGCAAAGAAAAUGGAACUGAAAAGCAGCGACAAAUGUGACUUUAAGCUUGAGCAGUCUCGCAACACCCUUAUGGACAUCUUGGUGAGGGGCCCCGGAGCUGGACUUGGAAUGCAAGUGACGGAGCAGGACAUCAUGGACGAGUGCAAGACCUUCUUGGCCGCCAACGUAGAGACGACGGUUUCCGCGCUGUGUUGGAUGUUCAAAGUGCUGUCUCUGAAGCAGGAGGUGCAGGAGAAAGUGCACGCUGAACUAGUCUCUGUGUUCGGAGACAGUGACCGACUUGUCACACUCGAAGACCUGCCCAAGCUCAAGUACCUCGAUUGCGUCAUGAAAGAGAUCAUGCGCCUGUUUCCGCCCGUCCCGUUCAUCGUUCGCCAGUGCCAUGAGGAGACCAAGCUGUGCGGCCACACCAUCCCAGCCGGCAGCAGCGUCGGCAUCAACAUCUUUGCCGCGCACCGCGACGCGAAGCACUGGGACAAGCCCGAGGUGUUCGACCCCGACCGCUUCCUGCCCGAGAACUGCAAGGACCGCCACCCCUGCGCCUACAUCCCCUUCAGCACGGGCCCCCGCAACUGCAUCGGCCGCAAGUACGCCAUGAUGAACAUGACCACUAUCCUCGCCACCGCGCUGAGGGCCUACAAGGUGCUGCCCGUGGACGACCACAAGGACCUGCAGAGCCUCGCCGACAACAUGACCUUCGCCCUUUCGUCCCAUCUCGUGGGCGGCGUGCGAGUCAAGUUCCAGGCCAGGGGUGCCGUGGUUGCGUGAUGUGGAGCAGGCACUACACUGCAAAGCCAGUGGUAAGUUUGCUUGCCACAAAUUUGGCAAGCCGUUUUGAAUGCCAAAAUUUGGCAAGCUUUGGUCGGAAAUCUUCACAAGCUUGCCAAGCUUGGCAAGCUGGGUGGUAUUUAAGGGUCAAACUUGCCAAUUUUCGGCAUUCAAAACGGCUUGCCAAAUCUGUGGCAAGCAAACUUACCACCGGCUUUGCAGUGUAGUUUGAGAUCAGGGGGUUAUACCGUCAGAAAACCUACCUAUGUAUGGAAAAGCCACAAUUCCUACGAAACUGAAUGAAAAGACGACUUGAGGCGAAAGAAGAGGCAGAAAAGAUCUUCCCGAACAUGACCGACGGCCGCCGUCGGCUGCUAGCACCUAUGAAGGACCGUCCGCCAUGUUCGGGGAGAUCUUUUCUUCCUCUUCUAUCGCCUAGCUCAAGUCGUCAAUUAUCUUUCGAAACAACCAUGAAAUAUUUUUCGAUAAAGUGACUCUAGCAUUCUAAAAGUAUCCGUGACAACCAUGACUAAAGUAAUUUCUCUCUCGAAAGGGAAUUUGACGUUCGAUUACGACGGCAAAUCCCGCCGGAUAGGUACAUUCCCCGUCUUUAUCUAUCAGUUGUUACAUGAAUCAAGAAUCUUUUUUCAUUCGCGCCGAAGUGAGGAGGAGGUGCCGACUCAGACGCAUCCGUCGCUGAACUGUUAGAACAUAUUCUAAUUUUCUACUUGAAACCCUAAAAUUUGUGUUGUCAUUUUUUAUGGAUGACGAUGUGGUGUUAAGUUACGAAAAGACGUCACAAUUUCUUUAUUUUCAUUCAUUUAUUUAGUGAUAGUGAUUACUAUAGGGAUAAAAUGUAUUUUUUUGCAAAAUGACUGCUGCCGUUGUAUUAAAAUAUAUGAGUGCACAAUGUCAAUCUUGGUGAAUGCUCAAAUCAAUUUGCGCUUAUCAUUUUCAGUCUCCACUCAUUUUCACUGUAAUCCAGUUCAAGGAGCACGAAAGUCCUCAAAGCCGCCCUCGAAGGGUUGCUGACUGCUGAAAAGAGCGGGAAACGCGCAGUGGGCUGCCUCGUCUUGCCUAAGUU